AUGUCGGCCGAUCUUUUUGCAGCCUUCGACGAUCCUCCGCCGAGGCAAUCUAGUCCAGGUCAGCCCAAGCCCGAGGGCCAGCCUGUAGCCUCCUCGGCCGACCCAUUCGACUUUUUCCAUUCUGGCUCCCAAGCUACGAAGAAGCAACAGACUCAACCAUGGCCUGCACUGCAAUCCACCAGCAAUGACUCCUGGGGAGGCUUUGGAGGCGGCCAGACAAGCAGUGCGACGUCAGGGGCUACAUUCGCCUCGACAGCCUCUAGCCCCCCACGCGCCCGUGUUCAGCAAACGCAGCCAUGGCCUCCCUUGCAGUCAAGUAGCAAUGGCACCUGGACCGGCUUUGGCGGUGGUCAAAUGAGUAGUGCAAAUGCCCAUGAUUCAUUCGACGACGAAGACGAUGGUUGGGGCGACUUCGAGACCGCUGACCCUGAACCAUCACCAAAGCCGACUUCCCAGCCAUCAACCAAUUCACUGCCCGCCGCCUCAUUUGCCAAACCUCCACCGCAACAUCCCGCUAUACAGAGGACGAGAAUAAUCAGGGCGCCGACCAUAGAGUUGAUGACGAAUAGUCUCAUCGAUAUGCCUGGAGCCAAUGCUCUGCCUGACGAAGUGCGAUCACCCCCAUGGAUGCGACAAUCCUUCGAUCAACAGCAGAAGUCCAUAUCGCAACAGCCUCCUAAAGUUAAAAAGCACAAGCCCGACGCAGAUGUUUUGUUUGACGCCGAUGAGUUCGAUGGUAAGAACAUCGAGGAUGGUGAUGAUGACUUUGGCGACUUUGAGACCACCACAUCGCCAGUGCAAGCGGCGCCAACGGACCUCGUAUCUGACGACUUCUUCACUCCACCACCAUCCUCCAGGUUGCCCAUGACCGCCAGAAGGAUGAACACCAAUGACAUGUUCUCUGCUCUAAGUUUGGAUACGCCCAUGUCGCCAUAUCCCCAAGCCCCUAGGUCCCCUUCUUUCCAGGACCGAAAUCCUUUCCCUGGUCUCGCAUUGAAUACCCCUAUAGAACCGAAGACUUCUACACCAGACAAUAAUCGCAAGACCUCACCUGUGACAGCUUGGCCGACCAUGGGUCAGAACUCUGCCGGGAGCAACAAGAUGGACGACCCUUGGAGCGCCUUUGAAAAUCUCCCAGAUGAACCAAAGGGCAUUAAACAGGAUAAUGCAGUCGAUGAUGAUUGGGGUGACUGGGAUUCUUUCGACGCAAAAAAACCAAGCUCCGCCGCAAGAAAUGCUGAAACAAAAACAGCGAAAGAUGAUGUUUCGGACUGGGCGUGGGAUGCUGUAGACGUACCAACCAAUAGCGUUCCUCAGACAAAUGAGGAUAAAUCACCUCCCAUCAAUAUUCCGCCCCCUUCAGUACUAUUGUCCAUCUUCCCACAACUACUAGGGCAGGCUAGCGAUGCCCUAUUCAAGCCUGUCAGUGGACAAGCUUUCUCGAUCAAGAAUCGGAUACUAUCAGAUCCCAAGACGAUCGACUUCUUGCGGGGUUAUCUCUUACUUGCGACCGUUGCUGCUCGCAUCGUUGCCGGGCGAAAACACCGGUGGCAUCGUGACAAAUUUCUUUCCCAGAGCAUGUCAAUUUCCGCCGCGGGAAGCAAAGGUAUGAAGCUUGCUGGCGUGGAUAAGACACAAGCAGCCCGGGAAGAUCGAGAAUCAGGCGACAUCCUAGAUAUUUGGAAAGAGCAUGUGGGUCGUUUACGCUCUUCGGUGGCCACAGCGAACACAUCCAUCAAAGAUGCUUCACAACACUUGAAAAUCCCCGAGUUGCGAGAAAACAUGCCAGCUCAGACAGCCAAAGGUGCGCUGAGUGCACCGAAAGCCUGUUUCAUAUGUGGUCUCAAACGAGACGAGCGCAUUGCACGGGUUGACUUUGAUGUUGAAGACAGUUUUGGAGAAUGGUGGACAGAACAUUGGGGCCAUACAGCCUGCAAAAGAUUCUGGCUCGAGCACGAAGGCGCUUUGCGUCAGCGAUAG